AUGGGCGUCGGUGCGGAGCCCAAGGAUGACGCGGCAGCCGCCGGGUCUGCGGCGGCGGCGGAGGGCGGCCGGGGCGGCACGGAGGAGAAGGCGGCCGCGGUGUCCUGCUCGAUCUGCCUCGAUGCGGUGCUCGCCGCCGCCGGGGAGAGGUCCACCGCCAGGCUGCAGUGCGGCCACGAGUUCCACCUAGACUGCAUUGGAUCAGCAUUUAAUGCCAAAGGGGUUAUGCAAUGCCCCAAUUGCCGCAAAAUUGAGAAAGGGAAUUGGCUUUUUGCAAACGGUUCCCGAUCUGCACAUGAUGUCAACAUGGACGAGUGGGCUCAUGAUGAAGACCUUUAUGACGUUACCUACUCAGAAAUGCCAUUUCGCUUCCAUUGGUGCCCAUUCGGUCGCUUAGCACAACUCCCAUCUUUAUUUGAGGAAGGAGAGUCAUCACCUCCAGUUACUUUUCAUGACUUCAUGGGACAGCAUGUGUUUACCGAGCAAGUAGCUGUAUCUGCUGCACCAGGGACAACUCAUCCUUGCCCAUAUGUGGCAUACUUGCAUCCUCUACCACCGCUGACAUCAUCGUCAAGCUCCCAUGUCCCUGAGAGAACAAUGGAUCGUCCAGCAUACCAUGAUCAUUGGAACCCCCUGGCCGGGCCAUCAGAUGUUAGGCCCAUGCAAACAGUGCAACCUUCUGAUUUCCAUCAUAACCAUUGGGCACACAUGCCCCAUUCCUAUGCUCAGCCCAACAGCAGUAAUGAGCAGCCAGGAAUCCCUUUUGGGACAAGGGCUGCACGGGUUGAUGGUGAUAGCCAGCGUCGAACAUCUGUUGUUUCUCCAUCGUACUUCAGUAACGGGUCUGGUUCUAGAUCUAGAGCUCCCAAUGUUCCUCCACUGAUGCCUCAAUUCAUGAGGGCUCAUGGCAGCAUCAGCGAACAGUACCAGCAGAAUUCAUCAUCUAGCCUAUUUGCUGGGGCUCAUAGGUCAGGAGGCAUGCGGCCUGCCCCAGCACCUCUACCAGAGAACCCCACAUUUUCCUUGUUCCCACCGGGUUCGUCUGGCCAUAAUUCAAUGGAGACUGAUGAUGUGGGAGGAAGCCGGUUCUACGCCUGGGAGCGCGACCGGUUCGCCCCUUACCCAUUGAUGCCGGUGGACUGUGAGACGAGCUGGUGGACCUCACAGCAGUCGCACAGCACAUCAGAGCCCGCAUCUGCACCAAGGAGACUAUUUGGGCAAUGGCUUGGCGUCGGCAGGUCAUCCCCUGAAAACAGAUCGCCUGAGGGCUCUUCAUAUCGGCAAUUGCACUCACCUCGGAUGUAGACCCUGCUGCGAGAAUCCAAGUUAAUUUGGAAUCCGAGUUGCUUGUAAGAAACGAUGGGAAAACCCAUUGUAUUAAAUUAAGCUGGGCUGCGCCGUAAACUUUGUGACUAUUUGAGGGGCCAGAAACAGGAAAUGACCCGGCUGAGAGGAUUUGAUUUGGUUUAUGUGGAUUCCAUCUCGUACAUAUUUGAAAUCAAGUUGAGGUAUUCGGAGCUUCAACAUGUGACAUAAUUUCUUGUUCUGCAA